AUGAGAAACUCUGACAAUCAGGAAGCUGACAUAAGUAGCUGGCUGCCCAUAACUGCUAAUAGGAAUGCAAAAUGGUGGUACUCAGCUUUCCACAAUGUUACAGCUGUUGUUGGGGCAGGAAUUCUAGGGUUACCUUUUGCAUUAUCACAACUUGGCUGGACCGCUGGAAUUCUAGCCAUAGUUAUUUCAUGGGUGAUCACUUUCUACUCAUUCUGGCAACUGAUUAUAUUGCAUGAAAUAGUGCCCGGGAAGCGUUUUGAUCGAUACCCAGAACUAGGGCAGCAUUGCUUUGGACCAAAGCUAGGGUAUUGGAUCAUUAUGCCACAGCAGUUGAUUGUACAAGUGGCUUCAUCCAUUGUGUAUUCAGUGACUGGUGGGAAGUCAUUGAAAAAAUUCUUCGAACUAGUCAUUCCAAGCUGGGCUGAUGUUAGACAAACAUAUUUCAUCCUCUUCUUCACUGUUUGCCAAUUAGUGAUCUCCCAAACUCCGAAUUUCAAUUCUUUGAAAGGCAUUUCUCUCAUUGCCGCAGUCAUGUCUUGCGGUUACGCCAUGAUAUCAUUUGUGGCAUCCACAAUCAGGGGCGCCCAUCACCAUCAACAUGUUAAUCAUGGAGUUCGGUCUAAUGCAACCCCUGGAAAAGUUUUUGAUAUGCUGAAUGGAUUUGGAACAAUAGCAUUUGCUUUUGCUGGGCAUAGUGUGGCCUUGGAGAUUCAAGCCACAAUCCCUUCAACUCCAGAGAAGCCAUCAAAAGUUGCCAUGUGGAGAGGUGUUGUGGUUGCUUACAUCAUUGUGAUAUUUUGCUAUCUUGCUGUUGCAAUCUCUGGCUUCUGGGCUUUUGGCAAUGCUGUAGAAGAUGAUGUUCUCAUCUCACUAGAGAAACCUAACUGGCUCGUUGCAUUGGCCAACAUUAUGGUGUUCUUUCAUGUUAUAGGAAGCUAUCAGAUCUUUUCAAUGCCUGUGUUUGACGUUAUUGAGUCAUAUUUAGUAGGAAAUUUAGGUUUCAAACCCGGACGACUUUUACGCCUCAUUGGUCGUAGUUUGUACGUACUCUUAGCAGGAUUUAUUGCAAUGUGCAUCCCAUUUUUUGGAGGAUUGCUGGGACUAUUUGGAGGCCUAGUGUUCUCUUCGACAUCAUAUUAUAUGCCUUGCGUUAUGUGGCUUGUCACCCAAAAACCAAAGAGAUUUAGCGUUCACUGGAUUGCUUCAUGGGUAUGUUAA